GCCGUCUCCGCGCGGGGCUCGCGUAGCCGGCCGUGCCGCCCCGGGGCUGGGGGAGGUGAGUGCGGGCAGCGUGAGACACGGGGUGCGGGGCGGGCCAAGCAGCGCGAUGGACGGGGCAAAGAGAGAGCUGGGCGUCCCGUGGCCACGCACCCGAGAAUUACCUGUGUGUCCCGUGCUGCGGACAGCGGGUUGAGCGCUUAAUCUCUACGCUCUGCUUCUCUGGGCGUGAUGGCGGGCUUCACUCUGCGGCGAUGUGGGGAGCAGGGCUGCUGCUGAGGGCACCUGUGGGCAGGUCGGGCCAGAUGCAGAUGGCCUUCUGGAGGUCCUUUGCAGCCUGUGGUCCUCCGGGUGCCGAGCUGCUCCUUCCCACCUCAGCCUAACCCAUCUGAGCCGUUAGUUGCCGUUAUAUCCACCCCGCAGGAGAUUUUGUCACCUGGGUUGCCCUUCACCUGUUUUUAAAGCAGUUAUCCAGCAAUUCCCCUCUGUCCGUCCCCUCCUCGAGGCUGACAAAGCUACCAGGGGAGCUUCAUGUUGCAUAUGAGGAAAUACUUCUCAGAAAGAGUGGUGAGGCGCUGGCAUAUUCAUCCAAGGCAUCCAAGGCAGGACUUGGCAAGGCCCUGCUUCACCUGCCUGGUUAUCAGAGGAGUUCUCUGCCCCUUUUUUGUCACGCUCAACUGUCAGUUGUUUUGUGCACGCCCAGCGAUGUCUUGGGUCUGCCAAGGCCGAGCAGUCUGCAUCUAAAUCUGGCUGUCACAUGACUGUUUUGAUGUCAGCAUACUUGUAGCUCAGACUAUGUCCAAAUGCAGGAGAGGGUGCUGCUUUGUUUCAAAGUGCCUCGAUCUGUUGUUACAGUACACCUUUAACUCUGUGACUUACUGCAAGGAGCAUCCGCCCGGGUCAUGGGAGAGUUCAUCCAGCCUGGCUUUAUGCCUGAGGGCAGAUGAGACAUUGUCUGCCUCCUAAUUGGUGACAAGCUUUUUACCACUUCUCAGCUUCUUUCUGAAGCGCUGCUAUUGUGCAACAACUUCUAGAAGCUCAACGAGUCCAAAGUAACCAGUGCUUCAGCAGUAAGUGGGUAGUUGUUGACAUAGGAGGGUUUGGCACUGCACAGGAGGCUCACCAGCCACUUCAUGCAGUGACUGUUUCAGGCAAGCCAGAUGCUUUUCUGCCUUCUUCACUAGCUACAACUCCUGUGCACAACAGCUUUUAAGCACAGGCUUCUUUCACCUGUUCACUUGAGUUCUAUUUGCUGACUUCAGCUACCAACACUUACUGCUGCUUUCUGCCUGACCACCAGUUCACUGGCAUGACAGUGCUGCUUAGCUUUAUUAAAAGAUUAACUUUAUAGGCAAGGCUGUACCAAAUUCUGCCUCCGGCCUUAAUAGUUGCACUUUGAAUGCCUUUCUCCACUCCUUCAGGGUUUUCUGUCAAAUCUCUGAGCGCUGGCCUCUCCUAAGUUAAAAAAUGCAACCUCCAACCCUAGCUGUCAUGCUUCAUAUUUACUUCUUAUGAUCUCUUUGAUCAUUCUCAGGUGAGAGUGUUAAACCUGGCUGCAUCUAAUUACUGUGAAAGCACCAAAAAAAAAAAAAAAAAAAAAAAAAAGGCCCUUUUGUCCCUGGGCUACACUCCCUUUGUGAAAAACACAGCCCAAAACAAUAGCUAUUUGUCUUCCCUAGAGCGUCUUCUAGUCUAGACCAGGUAGAUAUCACUUCUUAAUUUUCAAAGAAAAAGAAGAAGCCAACAGGGAUUCAGCAAGAACACCCGAGUGUGGAUGGUUUAUGCAGCUUUGAGGUGUUCCCAAUGGGAAACAAUCAUAGCAGUGAGCUGGAAAAAAUCUUUGCUGUCCUCAAGGAAGCCUUGAGAAGUUCAUUUUCUCAUGGUCUGGAAGAGUAUUGGAAACCUUGUUGGUUCCCUUCUCAAGCCUAGUUGAGUCCCUCUCUGCCUUCAUCAUCCCCUUUCAGAGACAGCAGGCUGGGGCUGGCAGAUGGACCAAGCAGGGUCACCAGCCCAGCACAGAAAAGCAGACUGGUGCUGCUUGGGAGGCACUAAAAGCAGUAUCAGGGGCUGGGGUCUGGGGCUACAGCACUUUGUCUGUGCCUGGCCCUGCUUUGAGUGUCUCCCUCCCAAGCAGCACCAGCCUGCUUUUUGUCUAUACAUUCAGAUUUGUUUCCCUGUCCUCCUGGAGACCACAUUAUUUUACAAGAGCUGUAAUAACAGAAGAGUAGAGGAAUCGUGGUCUUUGAAGUGUGCAUGUCUGCAUCUCAUCAUAUGAUCUCAGGGCAUAUAAAAAUGAAUCUAAGUGAUGAACAGGAACCAGAUAAUUACAUCCAAUAUGUAGCUUCUCACUACCCAAACCAGUGGCUGUUUUUUAUGGCACUUGUGCUCUGUCAGGUCACAGAAUGCCUUAUUGCUUUAGGUCUCCCAUCUGUGAAAGGAACUGCCUCAGUACUCACCUGCUUUUUAGCAUGCUUUCUGAUUUUAAGUUGGAAAAUGCUGUAUUUGGAUUAAGCAUCCUAGCAGAUUAAGGGAGAGGCUGAGGAGGUUGGAAGAGCACAUUCAUUAAUCAUCUGAUUUUUUUCUUUUUUAAUUUAGAUUGCAAUUGGCUAGAGGGGCCUCACAUGAACUGUUUGUUUACAUUGCACAGCUUUUUACAAGCCCAAAUGCAUAUAUUAUGAUGGCUUACAGCCAGGGGAAAAGCGUGGAGUUUUAUUUUUGUUUCAGUAGAUUUUUUGUUUAAGUAGAUUUGAUCUAAUAGGAUAACAGUAGUGAUACAUAUUCUCACAAUAGCAUAUUCCCACUGCCCUUUAUGUGGCUGUUCUUACUGUCUGUGAUGUAUCUUUUAAAAUCUCUGUUAUGGCCUAGAUAAAUGUUAUAAACAAACUCCUUGUCAGCUUACAUACUGUUAGAUUAAAAGAAAGAGGGUGCUUUUUGAAGGUAUUUGGUUUUUUUCCUAAGAAAUUUUACCAAAUCUCAAAUACAGGUAGCCCUCCAGUCAGUGUGUAUAACCAGUCCCUUAGACAGAUGUCCAUAAGUGAUACCAUAAGUGAAGAAAAACAUAACAUUUUAGAUAAGGCUACUUUCCUUGGUCUGCACUUUCUCCAAGAAAUAAAAGUGACUCACUGUUCUCUACAGAAUCAGGAUGUGGCUGUAGAAAUACAGAGAUGACAGGAAAGGAAGGCUCCUUAAUUUGUGUGGCAGUAAGGGACCCAAGAAUUGAUGAAUGAGAAUGAGAAAAACAGAUCAAUCUAUUCAGGUGAAUUUCGAUAGAAUUCAGACAGACAAGUCCUCAAAAUCUGAUCCGUAUGCCCUUCCUUCAGCCAUCAACCUACACAGCCCCACCACGUUCUUCUGCUGCUCCCAGUAUGUGCAAACCAUUGCACAGAACAGCCCGGGGUGAGGAGCCCUACACAGCAGUCACAUCCCCUGGGGAACCUGCAUGGAACAUCUCUGACAGUGCUGCAGCUCUGAAUCAAGAGCAGAGCACAACAUUCAUGGACAUUUUAUUUCAAAGCGACCAUGGAAAGGAGAGACCUCUGAUAUCAUGACCCAGUUAGACCAUUAAGGAAGCAGAGUAUCUGGGUUCUUAGCCUUCCUCAGUCUGAGAAGCUUCAGGCUGUAUCUACUAAAGACACCGCUUUAACCACAAGGCCAUAGGCACGUAUGUAUGUCAGGUAACAGUAUGUUAUAUCUCUCCUACUGAAACUUGGCUACUGUGAAAACAACAAUGCGAGAGCUGUGAGGGCUCUCUAGGAACAUCUACACAGAAACAUCUCUUGAUGAUUGGAUUUGAAACCAGAGAAUAAAAUCAGAUCUUAGAAUUUGACAGAAAGUAGAGGUACGGCUCCAGUCUGUCUAGAAACUUAUUCAUAGGAUCUGUUGCAAACUCUGUAGCUGUGGUUAAAGGAGUAUAAGACAGUCUCUGUUCAGUUAGCCUGGCUCUGGAUAUGUACAUACAGAACUUGGAUUAAGUGUAUUUUGUAGACAUUCACAAGCAAAACUGCAGAGUGAUGGUGAAAGCAGUGUACAAAUUGAUUGUAUGUUAAAUCAGUGUAAUUUCUUAAUACAAACUCAUCUCAUUAUGGAUGAAAAAUCAAAACGGACAAUUAAAUGGUCUUUGUCUCUUCUGGGUAUGGAAAGGAAAGAAGAGGACUGGCCUCUAUGCAUUAAUUUUACUGGCAAGAAAUACACUGGCAUUGUUUGAACCUAUAUUUUUUUCUUCUCUUUCCCUUGGGAGCUUUUGUGGUGCCUGUGACAGCUAGCAGUGUCUCAUAGAAAGACAUCAGGAUAACAGCAAGUGAGAUCUUACAACUCACUUUCCAGAUUGCAAGACCUUUAGAUAUGAAGCUAAAGGAAAAAAUGCCUUCCCAGCUGGCAGUAGGAUUCAGGUUCAUUCCCUUUGCAGACUUGCAGCAAUUAUAGGUGAGAUUCUCAGGCACUUAUCGAAAGCAGUUGGUACCAUUGCACACCACUCAUCUGUGAUUCACUGGCCAACAGAAAAUGGAUGUUUUGGUGAAAGUCAGCAUGAGCCAUCAUCUAGGAAAAUUCUUCACAAGAGGCUGUCAUGAUCACUACAAGUUACUGAUAAACAUCUUUAACUAUCUAAAUCUUGGUGAUAAUUGUAUCAGUGUGGUCUUCUCCAGAGCCUGUCCAGAUAGCCAGCACCUCUGCUGCUUCAUUCUCCAAAAGCUUUGGCUGACAAUUCAAAACCACUGAAGUCAGCUGAUCAUUCUCCUAAGCACACACCAGGUGAACUGCCACGUGCUGGUUUAUAUCUGACUCAGGGGCUAUGUGGCAGAAGCAGAGGAGGCUGCUGAGGAGAGUAAGCACGCUGACGACUGUGACUCAAAACCACUUCUGAAACUGAAAUUUCCCUUUUGUAUCACUCUUCUUAAAAGCAAGUAAGUGAACGUUCUCGGCCAUCAGCACAAACAGGAUACCUAACACAUUAUUUACCUGUGUGGGCUGCAGUGCAUUUUUGUUGGGGGCAUGGAAAGGGGAACGACAAUUUCUUUGUGACUCUCCAUGGGACAGCUUACUUCUUUCUGGCUCAAAUAUAUUACAAAGGUCACAGUCUCAGUCUCCCUCUUCAGCUGUAGUUCAGGCCCUGCUGUCUGACAGCAUACAUGGAUGCCCUGUUGUACAGAGCUGAGAUGGACAGACACCACUGCAACAUCUACUCUCAGAUUCAUGAUGUUACAUCAACGGCUAAUAAUUGUCUUUGGAAUAGCACUAGCUGGAGAUAUAUGUGCAUCUAGAAGCUGCUAUUCAGAAGAUCAGGUCUCCAUGUAUAAUUCUUGCAACCUCACAGGUGUUCCACCUGUGCCAAAGGACACUGCAAAGCUUUUUCUAACUUACAACUAUAUCAGACAAGUGACUGCAACUUCAUUUCCACUGCUGGAGGAUUUGUUCUUGUUGGAAAUUGGAACACAACGCGUCUUUCCUCUUUACAUAGGAAAAGAAGCUUUCAGGAACCUGCCAAAUCUUCGUGUCUUGGACCUGGGGUUCAAUAACAUUCUUCUGCUGGAUCUUGAUUCUUUUGCGGGUUUGCAACGUUUGACCAUACUCCGUCUGUUUCAGAACAACCUUGGAGAUUCCAUCCUGGAGGAGCGUUACUUUCAAGACUUGAGAUCAUUAGAAGAAUUGGAUCUUUCAGGAAACCAAAUCACAAAACUUCAUCCACACCCCUUAUUUUAUAAUCUAACCAUCUUGAAAGCUGUGAACCUGAAAUUCAACAAGAUAUCCAACCUGUGUGAAAGUAAUCUUACCAGCUUCCAAGGAAAACACUUUUCAUUCUUUAGCCUCAGUACUAACACUCUGUAUAAGACAGAUAAAAUGAUCUGGGCCAAAUGCCCAAAUCCUUUCAGAAAUAUUACAUUUAACUCACUGGACGUUAGUGAGAAUGGCUGGAGCACAGAGACAGUCCAGUACUUCUGCACAGCUAUUAAGGGGACUCAAAUCAAUUAUUUAUCAUUUCGCUCUCAUACAAUGGGCUCAGGAUUUGGCUUUAAUAACUUAAAAAAUCCAGAUACUGAUACAUUUACAGGACUAGCAAGAAGUGAUCUUCAUUUGCUUGAUAUUUCCAAUGGAUUCAUUUUCUCUCUCAAUUCUUUAAUCUUUGAAAGUCUUCGUAAUCUGGAAUUUCUAAACCUUUUCAGAAACAAGAUAAAUCAAAUCCAAAAGCAAGCAUUUUUUGGCUUGGAAAACCUAGAAAUUCUCAAUCUCUCAAGUAACCUUUUAGGAGCAAUGAAGAAUCUGAUUGCCUAGAAUCAUCAAAGUUAGAAGAGACCACUAAGAUCAUCUAGUCCAACCAUCAACCCAUCACCACCAUGCCCACUAAUUUGAUGGAAGGCAGAUAAAGCAGAUUCUAGCUGGGAAAGAUUGAAUUUAAAAAGCUUCUGAAGCCCGAGACACGUUUUAGAAAAGCCUGGUUACCUUUCUGUCCCAUUUCCCAUUUUUACACAAUUCUCCUUGCCUGGGUCCUGGCUGAAGAUGGAAACAAAUCACCUCAUGAAAGAAAAGGCAGGUUGCAGAAGAUCUGUAGUCUGAUCUGAAAGCUGCAGAACCCAGCUAAGCAAAAGCAGAACUACCAACAACUAGAAGAAAACUGGAUCUGAAGCUAGUGGUAGUUUCCAAGGUAAAGAAAGCAGUGAGCUGCAUUACUACAGAGGGCACAUUCCGUAUCAGCUCCCCAUCUGCUCACAUUGCAGAUACAAGGACCAAAUGAAAGGUAUUGAAUGAUACGAGAAGCUGAUAGCCUGAAAUGAAGGUGACCAAUUCAACUCCGAAUGAAUCUUGGGCAAUCAGUGUCUUUACUGCUAAAACUGGAAAAUCUUUCCUAUUUAGCAUAUCUUCUGAAAAGAAAAUAAUGUAGUUCACCAGAAAGUGGGAACCCACUCCCCCUGGGUGUUCUUCCUUCCGAGUAUUUGCUCGUACUUCUGUGGUCGUUUUUGCUAACAGUGUCCUUUUCAUCAGUGUUCUUCUCUGAAGAGACUCAUUCAUAAUAUUCUCAUUUGGGUAUAUACACAUUCACCCCCUCGACACUCCAGCAAUCCGCAGUUCCAUUCAUACCCCAACACACACAUCAGAAGGCUGUUUAAAAAACCCCAGGAAGUUUGCUCAGACAUGUGCUAUUUUAAGAGACUUGGACUGGGUCUUGGAAUUUUACAACAUUUGCAGGAUUUGGCAGUGUGACUGUUUCCACACCAGGACACGUGUGCAGUCUGAACAUGUACCAUACACUUUGAGGGAGAGAAAUAAGCUACCUGCUUAAGUUACCUAAUAAGCUAAGAGAUGAAGAAGAAGGCCUAUAAAAUGCUUGAGAGCAGCUGUAGCAAACCAUUUUGGGGAAGGUUGAUCCAGUCAUCUACCAGGUUGUCCCUUGCAGAGAGAGAGGAGCCAGGCUGCAGCCAGCCAACAGCAAGGUACCCAAUGCCCUGUUGGCGCGUCAGGGGACUGUCCCAUCCACAUGACAGCUCUAUACAGUAUGUAGAUACAAAGCCUACUGACACUUCCUCUGCAUGACUCCACUACGCCAGCAUCUGUGAUAGAGUUCUAAUAUUAGAAGAUACCCACUACAGCAGGGUUGUUCUCAAUUUCCAGAGGAAGGGAGUAUUCCUUGCAUCUGUUCUCCCUGCUGGGAGCAGGCCAUUUACCAAGAAACUGGCCCAUACUUCACAUGCAUGAGAUAAAACAACAUGGAUGAAAUCCACUGAAAAGCCCUAAAUUUUGCAUAAGCACCACAGUGACUCUCCUUGCAAAACCUCCCCCUUCCUUCUGCCAUGCUACAGGUUCUGUUGCUUCUCAGAUGACCUCAGAAUACUGACUUAACUUAAUAACACACUGCUCUCUGACCUUUGCUUUACUCCUCUGCCUGAGAUUGAAGGAAGAAAUUGAGGAAGAGCUUCUCUGGAGGAAUCUGUACUUCGUGUACGGUAAAUUCCAGUGACCCUUUGGUAGCCCUUACACUCAGGUUGGAGUCCCCUCCAUAUCCUGUUGACUGUAUUUCAUUGGCAUUACAGAACAGCACAUCCUGUCUGAACCUAUGAACCUUUGGCCAGACCCUCACCUUUAUGGCUCCAAUAUACAAGCAUUAAUAAUACUCCAUCAGUUUUCAUAAUGUGCCUAGAAGGGCAAAUCCCUCCUAUCUGGCUCCCACUUGUCUUUUUUCAAUACUCUGUAUAUUUUGACCUACUCACCAGGUAGUGGUCACAGGGGAUAUCAGUUGUAGCUCACCUCCAUGGUAUCCACUGACUUUGAGGAGGAUGGGAAGAACAUCUUCAAACAACUUUUCCUCAGUACAAAGACACGACUAGAAAUAAAGCUGAUCAGUAAGAUGAUGGUAAUUGAUUAAUGGGUGCUUUGGCUUUGAUGCGUCAUUUGAGAUGAGAGCCAGAGAAAUAUCUUGAUAAUUGCAACCUGGAUGAACUGGGAGGAGAUGUCAUGGUAAAAUGAAAACCAGAGACCAUAAGGUGGAUAAAAAAAUCUUGGAAAUUGGAGAAAACAAGUGUAAAACAAAAAAAUGCAGGGAGAAAUGAAUGUGUGGAUUUUUGUUGGCAGUGGCUUAUUUGUUGUUGGGUUUGUGUGCUUUUUUACAUUUUUGGCAACCUAAGAUCUGACACAUUUUCAUCAAUAGAAACCUACCCCGGGAGUUCCAUUAAUCUUUUAGUUUCAGGAAAAGCCAUUUUUACUACAUCUUGAGUAGAUUAAUCCCACAGCAAGAUAUGAAGUAGUGUGUGCUUUGUGUUCCGAAAUCCUUGCCCUUCUUGAGAAAUUAAAAAAAAACAUUAGAUCUUCAUGAGGACAACUAGAUAAUCUCAGCCUCAGUCCUGCUUCUUACUUACAGUAUCCAAAACUAUCAGGAUGACUCUCCUGCAGAUGUGGCCCUCAGCAUUUUUUAAACAUGCAGCUCUCAAAGGCUUCCACAUCUAGAAGGAGAAUUUACCAGCAAGAGUCCACCACAGACAGCCACUGCUCUCAAAUCUGCCUCGCAAAAAAGAUGUCUCUGUCCCUUCCCAAAAUAAGAAUCACAGUUUUUCUGAUGUGGGACAGAAAUCUGCCCUUCAAUUCUCAGAAAAUGGUGCUUAUAGCAUUGCGUAUCGAAUGAUUCAGGGAUUGCAAGGCCUCUUUGAAAAAUACAAAGAGCUGCUACACCCAGGUUACAAGCAAGCAGCGUGACCCCUGGAGAGAGGACAUCCUUGUGGAUAAACGUGGGGAAAACAAAGAUCCAAGGACUGUUCUUGGUAAGCCACAGUCUGUGCGUUUUCCCUGUAACGACCACACAGUUCUAACAGGAAUUCAUACAGUAACAGAAGAUUAUCCAUAUGUAUUUUAAAUUUUUCCCAGGUUUUCGAUGCCUCUGGGAAUUUCUUCAAAAGGUGCCCUAGCAAAUAGUUCCGUCAGUAUAUCAGAGUAUCAAGCACAUGGGAAAAUAAGCAGCCCAGGAUCUGCUCUCAGCAGGAGCCACAAGCAACAUCUGCCCUGAUGCAUUACCUUCUCCAUUUGCCUUCUGAAAUUAGAUUUGACGUUGCAAAAGGGAGUGUGCAGGUACGGUUGUCAGCUUCAGAGGCAUAAGACAGGAAUGGCACUUUAAUGACCCACUUAAAAGUAAUGAAACAGCCAUUUAUUCUGAUUGGAGUAACACUAAUUAUAUCAGAAAGUGUCACAUUCAUAAAUGCCAAAGUGCAAAUGCUAUCUAAUGAAACUUAAUGAAUAGGUGAAGUAUCCCGACAGACCAUCUGCGCAUCACUCCUGCAUUCCUGCAAACAGAACAAUUAGCCUGUAGGGAGCUGAUCUGAAAACGGAGGUUUUAAAACUGAAGGUUAAUUACAGUGGUUGAAUACAUGUGCUUCAUCUAAAAACAAGUUUGUGUCAUGAGCCUCAAGGGAAUUUUUUCUUUUGAAGCAAGUAAAUAUAGCUGUAAGGUUAUAUGGGACGUGGGGAACACCUGGUGUGGAAGGGCCUGGGAGGCAGAGGGGGACUCCCACACUUCAUUUGUAUGACAGAAUCAUAGAAUCGUUAAGACCUCCAAGAUUAUCACAUUCAACCAUCAACCCAUCCCCACUGACCACGUCCCUCAGUGCCACAUCUCUGUUUCUUGAACCCCUCCAAGGACAGUGACUCCACCCCUGCCCUGGGCAGCCUGUGCCACUGCCUCACCGCUCCUUCUAAGAAAUUUUUCCCAAUAUCCAACCUGAACCUCCUUUGGCACAACUUGAGGCCACCAUCCCUUGUCCUAAAGGAGAAGGUUCAAGAAGCUUCCACUUCCGCUAAGACACAGGAGCAAAUCUGAUGCUGAAAUGUCCUUGUUUUCUCCCACACAGCACCCAGGUAGCUCUGGUUCUGCUUCAAGGAAGGGACAUGAAACAACGAGCUGUGAACAGGUCUGGGAGUGCAAUCACAUGGAUGAGCUUACGCAUUUUUAUGAAAGUGAGCCAGGCUUUCUAUGAGCUGUUCACUGACAGCCUCUCAACACCUACGAAAAGAUGAAAAACUUCUCCACCUAUUUAAAUCACUCUAAUUAGGAAUACCAGUGAAUUGACAAAAUCAAAACUUCUGCCAGUGAAAAAAAUAAAACAUCAAACCUUGCUCUUGUGAGUAAGGUACAACGUUAGAAUCGGAAAACAUUUGCUUUCAAGCCUCAUUAGUCAGAGCCUUAAAAUAUUAGCAGAAUUGGCUGCAUGGAAGCCAUGCGAACAGCGCUAGUUUUAUAUACCGAAGAUGCCAAGUAAACACACAAGUCCUGACCAAACAAGUAUUGCACUGACAGCUGGCCUAAAAAAAAAAAGCUGUGAGGGAUGUAAUAAAACUCCACACAAAAUGUGUUCCCAGUCAAAAAAAACAAAACAAACCCCAACAACUCAGGAUAAAAAGACAUUCACAGCCUCUGAAUGCUUACUGAGAUUAGACAUAAAAGCCUCUUCAACUUAUCUUGAGUUGUAUUUUCCUCUUAAUGUCAAAGGGUACCCUGCUGCAUAGGGAGAUGUUUAUACCCUCUCAUGGGAAGCCAGAGGCUUCAGAUAAGUGAAUGUAUUUGGGGGAACAGAACUUUAAAGGCUUAGGAAGACAGUCUUUAUUAUCAGCCAGCCCUCUAUUAGGUUGGUGAGAUUCCUGUUUGAUUUGGCCGCAGUCUCUAGCCUCAAGUUCCUGCCCUAGCUUUUAAAAUAGAAUAAGAUCUCCCUGCAGCUGAAAAAGGGCAAAGGGUGGAACGUGUAAAUAGCAAUUAAAACAAACAAAAAAAAAACCAACUUGUUUUAAAAAACCCUCCACUAAAAGAUACUCUGUGCUCUUUCUUAGUGGCCAAGGUUGGCAGGCUGACAAAACCAAAUAUGCCACACAAAACAGUUUAAGAUACAUGCAACUUGACUUGCUAUUUCAGACUGUGGAUGGGAACACACUCUUGACAUCACCCUUCCUUGCUCUAGUGGUUAGAGGCCACACAGCCCAGAGGACAGACCUCUGGAUUGAGCCUUGUGAGUGCUGCGGGCUAUCCUGGCUGGCCUGCCAACCUGCUGGGCUGUCUACGUUUGGGCAUCUUUGUUGAUUUACCUUUCUGAAGCAUUUUUGAGACCUAUAAAUAAGAAAUUCUGGGUUAGGCAUCAUAAUAUAUUCUUACUAUCAGUAGUUUUCGCUCCACACAGGUUGGUAAGACAAGAUAGAAAAAUAAAACAGCCAAGUGAACUAAACCUACGUCAGGGAACAAGAACUCCUCACAUCCUUCCUUCCCACAUCUCAAUCACAGAGCAGCUCUGUCAGGCCUGUGCCAUUUACUGCUCAUGUUUUGUAACCUCAUCUCAUCUGUUUCUCAGCUUUCCACAGUACUGUUAUAAAUCAUGACAUUCUUGCCUCUCAGAGUUUCAAUCAAUAUAUAAAAUGUCAGAGUAGAUAACUGGUACUCUCUCAAUGCACACUAAUGUAAUUUCAUAAUGUGAUUUCAUUUUUCAGAGAAAGGAUCAGAUAAGUAUUAUUGGAACAGGAAGAACCAGGUAAUCCAUCAAGAACACUUUAAAGGCAAAAUUCUUUUAGUUUUGAGUACUGUAUUUGGCUUUGGAUUAUACAUGAAUGACUUCUGUGACUUUCACUCCAUUUGCACACACUACAAAACUAAACUGUUUCCAAUAUCCAAACAGAAAUGCAAUUGACCUAGAACAAAAUGGAUUCAGGAUGGUUAAGUGCAAGUAUCUGGAGAGAACAGUUAAGUCAUGGAAAUGUUUCAGCAUCUGCAAUCUCCUUUUAUAUAGUAUUAGUAUCAUGUGGAAGAAGUCAGACUCUAACCCAGUGGCUUCUGUCUCAUUUCCAAGCAAUAUCUGAAAUACCAAAUGAACCCGACUAAUCUGUAUCUCCAAGUAUGACAAUGCUGGAUAGAGAUCUUGAAGAUUAUAAGUGGCUGCAAGGUACAAUGUAUGAAAUGGAAAUAACUAUACAAUUUGGGGGGAUGAGUAAAGAAAUCACACUGCAAAACAACAAACAGAACAAAACCCAAACCACUUACAUCAACCAAAUGAUAUUGGUUUGAAUCUAUUCUCAAAUGUUAGACAAAUCCAAAGAUGCAGCCAAGACCAAGGUUAGUCCUGAUGGCUCUGGAACCAGAACUCUGCUACGACAAGAUGAGGUUUGCUCACAUCUCCAUGUCUCCUCUCCAUUUGUUUGUAACCCACCUGUGUGAUUUUUGGUAGGUUGCAUUCAGUAACUAGUCCCUUUCAGGAGCAGACUGGGAGCAUCCGGAUGAACUAUUGAUAAUCUGUGCUAUAUAACAGCCUGUAGCUUCUGAGAACUUUUUAAACUUUCCUCAGUACUUCCUCAGUAUUUCUGAAUUGUCAGCAUGGUCUCUCUCACUGCUCAGUCAUGAGAGGUGAGGCACAGAGAAACUUAAUAGUACAAGUUGCUGCAGAAGCAAAGGCCAGAAUAAUAGUCCUUCUGUUUCUUGCUUUAGACAUCUCUUGGACCAUCUAAACACAAAGACUUGUGAAAGAAUAAUCCAACAGCUUACUUUUUGCUUAACUUAGUCAUUGAAAUCAGUUUUUGUCAAGGAUUGGCUGGACACAUCAAACACAUCUGUGGGAAAUCCAAUUUUCUCUGAUAGCAUUUUCACUGUAUGGACUUCGUAACCUGCCUCUCUGCAAGUUCUAAAAGCUUUUGCUCCACAGGAAAGGAGGUUUGCUUAGAAAAAAGAAAUCAUUUACUGCACAGUUUUUGCUAAGCAAAAUAACAUGAAUUGUUUUUAUGUGAAAAAUAGAAAUCAGCAAAAAAGUAGAACCAAGUAUUACUGGGAUAGUCUAACUUGAGAUUAGAAACAAAGGUAAUUGCAAAUAGAAAUUCAAGAAUACAUCUGAAUCUUGAUGAGAAUCUAAAAUGCCCAAAUAACUUCACUGAAACUGUGGGCAGGCACUAAUUGCAGUCAAGUUAGCUAAAAAAGUCAGUGUAGAAGGUGACUUUACCUAGAAGUGACAGAGAUAAACCAGAUACCUUAGGCUCUGUCACACAGAGGCUACCGUCAGUGUGUGCCUUAAAGCAGCGAAGGUUACGCGGGCAGUUUGACACAGGCAUACCUGACAUUCUUCCCAAAUUGGAGUGAAAAGACCAGGCUGUGAUUUAUACAAAAGGAGACAAAGCUGCACAAAGGCCAGGGGCAGGAAAGAGAUCAAAGGCCUUAGACAGAACAAGCUAACCUUAUCAGAUUGCAAGAUUUUUUCAUUUCAAGAAACACGUAAAACAUUAAUUUCCAGCAAAAAUCUGUCUGUGAGAAUCAUCUUCCUAUGGAACAAACCACGCUUCAGCUUUCUCAUCUUUCUUUUUUUUGCCUAGUUGGUAUUUCUUAAUCAUUUUUUUCUUCUAUCACUUUUUCAGUGGUAAAAUAGAGAAGGUUCAGGAAGAGACAAAAAGAGAAAACGUCAAACAGCCACGAAGAAACCUUGACGUCUUUGGUAAAACUGUUGGUGAAAUACUUUGAAUUAAUGAAUGAAGUGCUUCUGCUGUUUGCAAAGGUCUUCCAAGUUACGUUUUUUGCUUUUCUCAUAUCAUUACUUCCCUGCUUCAUAAGCACUAAAAUAACACUGAGUGCUACAAAAUGUUUCCAGAUUUUCCAAACUGUAUUUGAAUAAAAUUAUGGUCAUAACAGUCUCAACAA